UUGAAACUUGAGAGCGCGCGCAAAAGCCACUCUCUCAAAUACGGCAUACUCCAAACGACCCAAAAAUAGAUAAAACGACGACAUUUUCCCUGACGAGACCCUGAGAAGAAGAAAGAAGAGGAGGAAGAAGAAGAAGAAGAAGAAGAAGAAGAAGAAGAAGAAGAAAAGCAGUAGCAAUGGAAGAAGAGGGACACAAGUUUCGAGGAUUUCCAUACAAGCCGUAUUCCAUCCAGAUCGAUUUCAUGAACGCCCUCUACCACUCUCUUAAUAUUGGCGGCGUUUCCAUGCUCGAAAGCCCCACCGGGACUGGGAAAACUUUGAGUAUGAUUUGUAGCGCAUUGCAAUGGGUAGUUGACAGGAGGGAACAACAGAAAUCUGAUGAGAAUAACAGUGGUAAAGAUGGUGGCUUUGGCUCUGAUGAUGAACCUGACUGGAUGAGAAACUUUACCGUGAACAAAGACAAUCGAGCUCCGGAGAAGAAGAUUAAAAAGAAGGAAAAAUUUCAGGUGGGAUUUGGAAAAGCUGAUCAAAGAAAGAACCGUGGAAGUUGUAUAAAGAAAGAAGAAAAAACUGUACUGGUGACAAAGGAUGCAGUGGAGUUAAGUGAUGAGGAGUUUUUGUUGGAAGAAUAUGAAAGUGAAGAGGAAGGAGCCGUUGGUGAUGGGAAGUCGAAGAGGAAGGCCGCUGGGUUUUGUCUUGGUUUAUCAAGUGAUGAGGAAGAAGAUGGGUCUGAUGAGGAGGAUGAUGAGGAAGAGAAGGAGAAGUUGCAGGUUUAUUUUUGCAGUCGGACACAUUCACAGCUAUCACAGUUCAUAAAGGAGUUGAGAAAGACAGUCUUUGCUAAUGAGAUGAAGGUUGUAUCUCUGGGCUCUAGGAAGAACUUCUGCAUUAAUGAAGAGGUGCUUAAGCUUGGAGAUUCCACUCGCAUCAAUGAAAGAUGCUUGGAGCUUCAAAAGAAGAAGAAUGAAGUUUCCAAGAUCAAGCACCUAGAUGCAGGAGGAAGAAUACGGAGGACCAAGGCUUCUUCCGGAUGCCCAAUGCUUCAAAAAUAUAAACUACAAAAGCAAUUCAGGAAUGAGAUUUCUCAACAAGGUGCUUUGGAUAUUGAAGAUCUUGUUCACCUUGGAAAAAAUAUGAAUACUUGUCCAUAUUAUGGCUCUCGAAGCAUGGUUCCUUCUGCGGAUCUUGUAGUACUGCCCUAUCAAUCCCUUCUGUCAAAAUCAUCACGGGAAUCACUUGGCCUGAAUUUGAAGAACAAUAUUGUCAUUAUAGAUGAGGCUCACAAUUUAGCUGACUCCCUCAUCAGCAUGUAUGAUUCAAAAAUUACUCUCUCACAGCUGGAGGAUGUGAAUUACCACGUGCAGAAGUACUUUGAAAGGUUUCGUAAUCUCUUGGGACCUGGUAAUCGAAGAUACAUCCAAACUUUGCUGGUCCUCGCUCGGGCUUUCCUCCAAAUUUUAUACAACGAGAAGGAUGCAAAUUAUAUGAACUCUUUCCAAUGUACUGAAAAGGAAUCUGGAGAAAAUGGUGCUUCUGAUUCCUCUGUGGCCAUUAAUGAUUUUUUAUUUUCUCUAAACAUUGACAAUAUCAACUUGAUCAGAUUGCAUCAGUAUAUAAAAGAAAGCAACAUCAUGGACAAGGUCAGCAGUUAUGGAGAUAAAGUGGCUAGCCUACAGAAAGGAGCGACACUCAAUGGUGUUGUGGAAUGUGGUAAAGAUGGAAGCAUCUUAUCCAGCUUCCGAGCAUUAGCUAAUAUGCUGCUUUCUCUGACAAAUAAGGAUGGCGAUGGAAGGAUUAUCAUCUCAAGGACUAGAGCAAAAUGCUCUGGACAACCAGAAGGAUACAUAAAAUAUGUUAUGUUGACUGGGGAAAGGAUUUUUUCUGAGAUUAUAAAUCAAGCACAUGCUGUUGUCCUAGCUGGGGGAACACUGCAACCCAUAGAAGAAACUAGGGAGCGAUUGUUCCCAUGGCUAUCACCAGACAAGUUGCAUUUCUUUUCAUGUAGUCACAUUGUCCCUCCUGAGAGCAUUUUGCCAAUUGCAGUUUCUCGUGGCCCUUCUGGUCAAUCUUUUGAUUUUAGCUAUAGCUCCAGAAGCUUAUCAAUCAUGAUACAGGAGCUGGGACUUCUGCUUUGCAAUUUGACAACAGUAAUUCCUGAAGGAAUUGUUGUCUUCUUUUCUUCAUUUGAUUAUGAAGGAAUGGUCUAUGAUUCUUGGAAGGCUUCAGGAAUACUUGAAAGGAUCAUGAAGAAGAAGCGCAUAUUUAGAGAGCCAAGAAAAAAUACAGAUGUUGAAUCAGUUCUCAAGCAAUAUAAGGAAACAAUGGAUGCAUUGUCAACUGGGGAUGUGAAAAGAAACCCUUCUCCUCAAAGUGGGGCAAUACUUCUUGCUGUUGUAGGUGGGAAGAUAUCAGAAGGUAUCAACUUAAGUGAUGGGAUGGGUCGAUGUAUAGUCAUGGUUGGAUUACCCUACCCUAGCCCAUCUGACUUAGAGUUGAUGGAGAGGGUGAAGUACAUUGAAGGAUUACAAAACUCUGAUUUCAUGAGAACUUCCAAUCCAUCAGUCAAUGGAGAUGUACAGGCUGGGUUUGACAUCCUUAGAAGUUGCCGGCACAGAGGAAAAGAAUAUUAUGAGAAUCUUUGCAUGAAAGCUGUAAAUCAGUCCAUUGGUAGAGCUAUUCGGCACAUAAAUGACUAUGCAGCAAUUUUGUUAGUUGACGCACGGUAUGCAAAUUCGUCUGAUUGCCUGAAGAGAAGCUUUCCACACCCUACUAACAAGCUACCGCAAUGGAUAAGGGAUCGUUUUGUUUCUUCAACUUGUAAUUAUGGUGAAGUGCAUAGAAUGCUGCAUCAGUUCUUUAAACUUAACAACAAAAGAGGAACUCAGUAGAAAGAGUUUGAGGAAGUUGGUGAUAUUGAGAAUAGAAAACAUAAAUAUUUGCAUUCAGUUGAUUGUAUAUACAUAGAGACGCUGUGCAUUGUUUUUAUAUAGGAAUUCAUAUUGUUCUAGUGGGUGAUGUAGCUGCUAAGGAGUAGCAGGGAUACAAAAAAGAAGUGACAAACAAAGCUGUAAGAAUGUAAAGAAAGAUCUCGUGGAAUAAGUCUGUAUCAUGUGCUUUUCUUGUUUUU